AUGUAUAUCUUAGGUUCCAAAGAUGAGUGUGAGAAAGCUGGUCGUGGACUCGAGUCAGCAAUAAGAACUGACUUCGAAUCUGAAGCUGAAGUUUCGUAUUCAACUCAAAACAAAUUAGAUCAGCGUAAAGAAAAUCAAGAUCCAUCAUUAAAUUCAAAUUAUACAAAACCUACAACAGCAAAUGUUCAUGUACCAUUGGUUGAUCCACAAGAUGAAGAUAAUGAAAACUCAGAUACAAGUAAUGUGGCCCCAUUUCGUAAAUCUCUGGAGUGGUCUGUUGGAUCAUCUGAUUCCGUAGACGUCUUGCUAAUUCCGGCAGAUCCAACAAAUAAAACACGCUAUGUAACUAAGAUUUUGAACACCGUCUUUUCACGUGAAGAUCUUGAAAGUAUUCAACGAAAUGCCUUACCUACUGAUGAACGAUAUCUUUUUGUGAAAGGUAAAAUAUGA